CUCGUAAUUUGCUUCAAUCUUGAGCGAUAAGCCACGUUUUCGGGGGCAACUGAUAUAAAACGAAUUGGAUUAGAUGAGCCCGGUUGAGUAUUGAUUUUAUUUCGAACCUAUUUAGGUGGCUCCUGAACAGUGGGAACGAUGAGGGCUAUUUUGGUGAUAGCUCUGGCCCUGGUGGCCGUUGUGGCUGCUGGGAAAAUUCCGAAAGCAAAACGGGAAAUGACAGCCGGUCAGAAGAAACUGAUGCAAGCAUUCGUGGGUUUACCAAACGCCACACCUAAGGCUGAUAAGCCCAGUGAACAUAUUAUCGUUGAGGAUUACUUUACUACCCGGGUCGAUCACUUCAACCUUCAAAGUACCGAUGAGUGGGCCAUGCGGUACCUGAUCGUGCCCGAUUACUACGAACCUGGAGGUCCAAUUUUGAUCUCUAUCAGUGGGUUUGGCCCGCUGUUUCCUUUCGCGAUCGGAGAAGGUUCCUUGAUCUAUGACAUGGCCAAGGAUUUGAAAGGAAUUGUGAUCGGUUUUGAACCUCGUUUUUAUGGACUGAACCGCGUUGGCUUCGAAGAUACACGCACGGAAAAUCUGCGUCUGCUCAAUACCGAUCAAGUGUUGGCUGAUCUUGCCGAGCUUGUCCAGUACCUCAAGCGUGAAAUAGUUCGCAACGAAAAUGCAGGCGUUCUGGUUGCCGGUUCCAACUAUGGUGGGGCAUUGGCCAGCUGGUUCCGCAUUCGUUACCCACAUUUGGCUCAGGGCGCCUGGUCUUCCAGUGGAUUCCAGCGGGCAGUCAUGGAGUUCGAAGAGUUCAACGAAGCCUGGGGAGAAUCGUUGAUCAGCUUGGGUAGCCAGCAAUGUUACAACGACAUUUUUGUUGCCUUCCACGUGUUGGAGAAUUUAGUGGAUGCAGGACGUACCGACAUUUUGAAUGACCGAUUCAACCUUUGCGAUCCGAUUGAUGGCGAAGACGAAUUGCAGGUCGAGUUUUUCUUCGGAGAAUUGAUGACUGCUCUCGAGUUCUUUACUCUGCUGGAAAACAAUGUGACCGCAUUCGACCGAGUGUGCGAUGAGUUAACGGGAUCCGAUGCUACGACCUCCGUAGAUGCCCUGGCGAAUUGGUUCAACGAAUACUUUGCCGGUGAAGAAUGCGCUCUCAGCCGAUUGGAAGAUCUCGCCGACUUGUUCCGUGAGGAUGACUGGGACGAUUUUCUCGUUAUGGCCGGAUUACGUCAAACUCUAUACCUAGAGUGUACCGAAUUCGGAUGGUUCCGUACGGCCUCAUCGGACAAUCAACCCUUCGGCAGCCGUAUCGAUCUGAACAUUUACGCUGAAAUGUGUCGACAGGUUUUCGGUGAUUGGUUCACGGUAGAUUCGAUGCUCAGUGCAGUUGUUCGUACAAACAAUCGUUAUGGAGGAGAUUCUCCGGUCGCCCAAAAUGUCCAUUACUCCAACGGUGCUGAAGACCCAUGGCGAACGGUUUCGAUUACCCGGCCCGUUGGACCAGACACCUCGGCCCAGGUAAUCCCACGGGAGCUUUUGAGUGCGGAUCUGUGGUCCAUUUCGGAUUUGGACUCCGAAGAACUUGCGGCUGCGAAAACGAAAAUCAAGGCUGAAGUAGCAUCUUUCUUGUAUCCGGCCACUCCUUAUGAAGUUGCUGAGGGUGUUCAGCAAGCUUAGAGUCUUAGAAAUAGAUCAUGAAUAACGUGAUAAAUAUAUUUGUCCAUUUUUGGUGAAACUUCUUAUUUGUUCAGUCAUUUUCCAUUCGCUGAUAAGAUAAUAAACAACA